AUGCACUUCAGCAGGGAGGUGGCCCGACAGAACAGCUGUUAUACGUACGUGAUAGAAGAUGAAGACCAAGCCCUGGCAUGCCUGAAUGCAUAUGAGUUGUCCAAGAAGGGGGACCUGGCUCUCCUGGAAAGCCUGGUGAGGAAGAACCCUGAAGUACUGAGUGAGAGGGAUGAAUCUGGAUCCAGCCCCCUUCACCAUGCCUCAGCAGCGGGCCACGUCACCCUCAUUCAAUUCAUCACCGCCGUCAUCGACUCGGAGGAGAUCAAUAGCUGCGAUGAGCAGGGCAGUACGCCUCUGCACUGGGCUGUGGAGAGGAACCAGGCUGAAAGCUGCAGGGCUCUUCUGGACAUGGGGGCCAACCCCAACAUCCUCAACACGGCCCUCAUGUCCCCUCUGCACCUGGCUGUCAGCCACGGACACAACAAACUGGUGGAGCUCCUGCUGUCCUACAAUACUACAGACUCCGACCUGCAAGGAGACCUUGGGAACACGCCUGUGAUGCUAGCCUGCUCCAUCAAUAACUGUGAGGCUCUCUCCAAGCUGUUGAAGCACGGUGCACGGUUAUGCCAGCAAAACAAGCUGGGCCAUUUCGCCAUCCACGCAGCCGCCUUCGCAGGUGCAAAGACAGCCAUGGAAGUGAUUCUCAAGGCCGGGGAGGAGAUGGGCCACUCCACUGAGAACCACAUCAACUUUCUAGACAAGUCCAAAAGCAGCCCCCUGCAUCUGGCUGUACGUGGGGGCAACAUUGACACCAUCCGCCUCUGCAUCGCUACUGGGGCCAAAAUUGACCAGCAACAGGUCGACAGGUCCACAGCGCUCCAUUCCGCCUGUACCCAAGGCGCCAUCGAGGCAGUCAAACUCAUGCUCUCCUCCCACAGCAAAGUGGAAGAUAUCAUCAACUUACCCGAUGGGGCGUGUCAGACACCUCUACAACGGGCCGCAGUGUUUGACCACAGAGAGCUGGGAGAGUACCUCAUUUCUUUGGGUGCAAACAUUAACAGCAUCGAUUGUAAGGGAAACUCUCCUUUGCUGCUGGCCACUAGCUGUGGGGCAUGGAAAACAGUAUCUCUACUGCUGUCCAAAGGGGCAAAUGUAAAUGUGAAAGACAGAUGUGGAUGCAACUUCCUUCACCUCGCCAUCCUGCAGCCCAAGGGUAUCAAAAAUCUCCCAGAAGACGUACUGCAGCAUAAAAGUGUGAAAGCGUUGCUGAACUGUGAGGAUAAUGAGGGCUGUACCCCACUCCACUACGCAUGCAGACUAGGAAUCCAUGACUCUGUGAAGAACAUGCUGGGUCUCUCGGGGCAGGUCUGCCUCCUACGCAAAUCCAAGGACAAAAAGUCUGCACUGCACUUUGCUGCCCAGUACGGACGCAUCAAUACAUGUCACAGAUUGUUAGAGACAAUCACAGACUCUCGCCUGGUGAAUGAAGGGGACGAGCGGGGCCUGUCACCGCUCCACCUGGCCUCAGAAGGGGGCCACACCAAGGUGGUGGAGUUGCUGCUGCGCAAAGGGGCCCUCUUUCACAGUGAUUACAAAGGCUGGACUUGUCUGCACCAUGCUGCAGCUGAGGGAUACACACAGACGAUAAGCAUUCUCCUAUCGGCCAACAUUAAGCUGCUGGAUAAAACUGAUGAGGAUGGGAACACGGCGCUCCACCUCGCAGCCAGAGGAGGUCACGUGGCCGCGAUCCGGCUCAUGCUGAGCAAGGGGGUGGCGUUUCUGCUGAAUAAGAACAACACCUCUUUUCUUCACGAAGCGUUGCAUCAUGGGAGGAAGGACGUGGUUAAUGCUAUCGUUGACAGUGACAGAUCUGAGGAAGCUUUGACGCUGUUCAAACAUGGCUCCAACCAGCGAUGUGCAAUAUUGGAUAUGAUUGAAUUUCUGCCUGAGUCCUUUAAGCAUCUAUUGGACCGCUGUAUGCAGGAAUCGGACCAUGAUACCCACAGUCCUGAGUACAAUAUCGAAUACAAUUUCCGAUGGCUCCAGGCUCCCAUUGUACUGAAGAAAUAUUCAAAAACUGACAAGACCCUGAGGAUUCAGCCUCUAGCCGCACUGAAUGCCAUGGUGCAAUACAACCGCAUCGAGCUCCUCACCCAUCCAGUUUGCCAGAAGUACCUGAAGAUGAAGUGGCUGGCGUACGGGAGCACGGCUCACUUGCUCAACAUGUUUGUGUACCUGUUAGGGCUGCUGCCCUUAACUUACCUCAUAGUGACACUGAGGCCCACUCUGAACACCACCACCCCGGGGAACCAUAGUGUCACCAUGGUGCCCAUAUCUUUUACAGAGCAAACUCUCCCCUUGUCCGUCUGUAUGGUGAUGGUGCUGGUGAUGAACAUUUGCGCCAUAGGGAAGGAAGUGGUGCAGAUAUCACAACAGCGCUGGAAUUACUUCAGAGAUGUUUCGAACCAGUGCGACUGGUCUUCAGCGAUCUUCUCUCUUCUGUUUGUCAUUCCGCUCUUCUUCAACAUGGAGAGCUCGUUUUACUGGCAAGCAGGAGCACUUGCCGUUUUAUCCUCCUGGAUUGGCUUUCUACUUUAUCUCCAGAGGUUUGGACGUUUUGGUAUCUACGUUGUGAUGUUCGGGGAGAUCCUGAAGACAUUGGUCUGCAUUGUAAUGCUGUUCGUAUUCCUGCUGUUGGCGUUUGGCCUGGCUUUCCACACAGUGAUGUUCAACCAGAAAGAGUUUAGCACCAUACCGCUCUCAGUGAUGCAGACUUUUGCGAUGAUGGUCGGGGAGCUGAACUACCAGAACAAUUUCCUGGAGGCUUAUCUGAAGGAUGAGCUCCCCUUUACUCUCCUGACGUUCUUUUUUUUCACCAACUUUGUUCUGCUGAUGCCCAUACUGCUGGUAAACCUGAUGAUCGGUCUGGCGGUCGGGGAUAUUGCUGAGGUACAGAGAAACGCUGCGCUGAAGAGAAUAGCCAUGCAGAUUGACCUCCACACUGCUCUGGAAGAUAAGUUGCCUUAUUGGUUCAUGAAGCGAGUGGACAAACCCUCCGUUGUCAUUUAUCCCAACCGCAAGAGCACCAAGACCUAUAUAAAACUGAUAAUGAUGCAGGGUGAUGACAAAACGUACGAAAUCCGGACCCGACUGCGGGCCAGCUCAGACAUCACUCCGGUUGAGAAUGAACUACAAAAGCAGAAGUGCAGAAUGAAGGAAAUGUCCUGCAACUUGGAGAAACAGCACAACCUCCUGAAGCUCAUCAUCCAGAAAAUGGAGAUCACCUCAGAGGCUGAUGAGUACGACGGCCCCGAGCACACCACAACCAGCAUGAGGAGCAGGCUGAGCCUGAACAGAGCAAGCGGCAUGCUUAUGAUGGACAGCACUAAAGACAAGAAAAAGUGA